AUGCCCAAAACGAUCCUCAUCAUCGGUGCCACCGGAAAACAAGGCGGAGGCGUAAUCAACUCCCUCCUGACCCAAGACGCAGACGUCGAGAUCCUCGCUGUAACCCGGAAUACUUCGUCUGGCAGUGCGCAGAAACUGCAGCAAAAGGAUCCUUCGAAGAUUAAAUUAGUGGGUGGCAAUUUGGACGAACCGGAGGGUAUUUUUGCGAAUGUGAAAAAAGUCACCUCACAGCCUGUUUGGGGUGUGUUCAGUGUCCAGUCCCCCAACCCAGGGAGUUCCGACCAAACUGCCGAGGAAAACCAAGGCAAAGCUCUCGUCGACGCAGCGCUGAAAAACUCCGUCAAACUCUUCGUCUACACCUCCGUCGACCGUGGCGGCGACGAGGUCUCCUUCGAUAACCCAACUCCAAUCCCGCACUUCAUCAGCAAGCAUAAUAUCGAACACUACCUUGUCGAGCAGGCAAGGGGUACAAACAUGUCCUGGACGAUUCUCCGCCCUGUGGCGUUUAUGGAUAAUUUCACGCCGGAUUUCUUUGGCAAGGUCUUUACGACGGCUUGGAAGGUUGCUGUCAAAGAUAAGCCGUUGCAGCUUAUUUCUGUGGAAGAUAUAGGCUUCUUCGGUGCGCAGGCAUUUAUCAAUCCAGAGAUAUAUAAAGGGAAAUGUCUAUCGCUGGCGGGUGAUGAACUUACAUUCGGGGAGAUGGGGAGGGUGUUCAAAGCGAAGACAGGCAAUGAGGUUCCCUUGACGUUUGAAUUUGUGGCGAGAAUAUUGCUGUGGUUGAUGCCGGAUUUCGGGGAAAUGUUUCGCUGGUUUUAUGACAGAGGUUACGGGGCUGAUAUUAAGGCGUUGAGGAAUUUACAUCCGGAGAUGAGGAAUUUUGGGACGUGGCUUGAGAUUGAGAGUGGGUUUGAGACGAAGUAA